AUGGAGGAUGUGAUUAGCACCUUCCAGGAACAUCACAAUAAAUAUCUCUCUGAAGUAGCAAUCAUGAAUAGUAACCUAGGGGAGGAAAAAAGAACACAUACUAGAGAGAAACCUUAUGAAUGUAACGUUUGUGGAAAGUCUUUCAUCCAGAAAUCAAAGCUUACUGUUCACCAGAGAACACACACAAAAGAGAAACCUUUUGAAUGUAACAUUUGUGGAAGGUCUUUCUCCUGGAAGGAAUAUCUUACUAGACACCAGAGAACACACACAGGAGAGAAACCUUUUGAAUGUAACAUUUGUGGAAAGUCUUUCUCCUGCAAGGAAUACCUUACUCUGCACCAGAGAACACACACAGGAGAGAAACCUUAUGAAUGUAAGAUGUGUGGAAAAUCUUUCACCAAGAAAUCAAAUCUUAAUCUCCAUCAGAGAACACAUACUAGAGAGAAACUUUUUGAAUGUAACAUUUGUGGGAAGUCUUUCUCCUGCAAGGCAUAUCUUACUCUGCACCAGAGAACACACACAGGAGAGAAACCUUAUGAAUGUAAGAUGUGUGGAAAAUCUUUCACCAAGAAAUCAAAUCUUAAUCGCCAUCAGAGAACACAUACUAGAGAGAAACCUUUUGAAUGUAACAUUUGUGGAAAGUCUUUCUCCUGCAAGGCAUAUCUUACUCUGCACCAGAGAACACACACAGGAGAGAAACCUUAUGAAUGUAAGAUGUGUGGAAAAUCUUUCACCAAGAAAUCAAAUCUUAAUCUCCAUCAGAGAACACAUACCAGAGAGAAAACUUAUGAAUGCAACUUGUGUCGAAAGUCUUUCUCCCAUAAAAGAAACCUUACUGUGAACCAGAAAACACACACAUUAGAGAGACCUUAUGAAUGUAACAUGUGUGGAAAGUCCUUCUCUUGGAAGUCAAGCAUCAAUGUCCAUCAGAUAAUACACACAGGAAGGAAACCUUAUGAAUGUAACCUGUGUGGAAUGACUUUCACCUGGAAGUCAAACCUCACUGUCCAUCAGAAAAAACACAGGAAAGAAACCUUAUGA